AUGUCAAAAAUUGAUCUUUCUGUCCAUAAAUCGAUUAUUGCAGGAGAAACAAAAUGUGUCAAGUAUCAUGUCAUCACACAUAGGAUAAAGAGUGCACCAGAGCACCACAAGCAUCAUCGGAGACACAGCACUUCAUCUACUUCUGUUGCUCAAAAACCCGUGUAUCCAACUUUUACUUUGGAUCGAUUGAACCCUUUUGAUGGUACAUCGGCACUCGAAAAGCGAUUUGAUCCGCAUAGCAACAUGUUCGAUGGAGCGGAAGCUCGAUUAGCAAUUCAUGAUAAUGAACUUGAACAUGCACCUCAUCGUCAGCGACGGUAUGGAGGAAAACGCGGAAGGCCUGUUGUCAUCGGUAGAGCCAUUUAUGGUCGAGGUAGAAUGCAUUUUCGGCCUACAACAUCGCAUCAGACCUCUCCCAGAGUUGCUCAGACUGCAAAAAUAACGGAGAUGCACUCACCCGUUCCCGAACAUCGUGAUGUUGCAACGCAUACGGAACAUGAACGUGCAGUGCAAACUGAAGCGCAACCACCCGUGGAAGAGACUGUACCUAAAGACGAAGUCGAAGAACUCGUGGAAGAAGAUACUGAGUCCACUAUAACUCCAGAAUCUGUUAAGCAUCAUGUGCAUCACAAGAAACCACCGGUUCCAAAGAAAAUGCCCUUCGUGGGGUCGGGACAAAAGGUAUGUAUCGAAUUAGGAAAGUAA